GCGAUCCUGACCGGUCGUGCUGCGUACCGGCUUGACUUUACAUAUUUACAUCUCACUUCGAUGGCACGAGGUCGUUCAAACCGCUCAUAGUUGUGCGAACUCCAUAAAGCACGAAGCACGCGCGACCUGUCCUCGAGGCGAGCGGUGUUAACCGGGGACCAGCCCCGCUCCGCUCACCACGUCCACCUGCAGGUGCCAGUACUCUUCCUUCCAGUCAUUGAACUACAACUCGUGCGCGCGAGCACUCCGAAGUCGAACCGGGAAUUCUGUGAAGCAUGUACGAGGAAAGCCAGCCACCCUCCCCUGUGACAGCGCUCGUCGCCCUCGCCUCAUUCGACCCCGAAUGGCGACCCAUCCUACACCUACCAAACCAAGUCGUAUUGUAUAAUCCUACCUCGCACGCUCUCUCCAUCCGGAAGCACCCCAGGGACGCCAACUCCGGCCUCGUCCACCGCCACGCAGGUAACCACUGUCCGUUCUGUCAUCGCGCCCUACCCACAGAACUCCAUCCGGAGCAGCACGAUGAUAUGAGUGACAUGGGUAGCGAGCUUGAUCUGGACGCAAGUGACGACCUCUCACACGCCCAGCCGCGCAGUCGGGCGGCGAACUACUUCCAGCUCCUGCAGAUUGCGAAUGACACGGCGUCACGUCCGGCAAGUGGGCGGUCGACGAGGACCAUCCCAAGCGGGGGCGGGGCCGGGAGUGGGAGUGCAGGCUUGGGCGCGUUUGGCGCGGACAACAUGGCGGAGGGUUACUUUAAGGCGUUCUUCAAGGAGGAGGGCAGGCUCGGCAUGGGUGCGAACGGUUCUGUGUUCCUUUGUCAGCACAUGCUGGACGGAAAUCCGCUUGGUCAUUUCGCCGUGAAGAAAAUUGCGGUGGGCCAGUCUCACGCGUACCUGCUUAACAUCCUGCGCGAGGUCCGGCUCUUGGAACGCCUGCAUCAUCCGAACAUCAUUACCUAUCAUCACGCCUGGCUCGAGACUUGCCAAUUCUCAUCGUUCGGUCCGCAGGUGCCCACGUUGCACGUGCUAAUGCAAUGGGCAGAAGGCGGGAGCCUAGAUGACUUGAUCGACGCACGGCUCGGCCGACGCGCCCCGAGCUUCCCGCACGCGGCAACCGCAAGCGUGUCGUCGUCCCCAACUGCGUCUCCUGCUCCCGAGGCGCCGCCCUCUCCGAACCCGAUCUCGCGGUCCGCACGGAUCAAAGCGUUUCGCGCGCUGCAGCGGGCGCAUCCGGCGGAACGUGAACGAUUGAAACGGGAGCAAGGGCUAGCGGCGGACGGCCUGGCAGGGAGCAAGGGCCCAGCGGAUUGGAAGGCGGUCCACCUGUUGAGUGCGGAAGAGGUGAAGAGCCUGUUUGGGGACGUCGUGUCGGGACUUGCGUUCCUGCACGAGCAGUCAAUUUUACACCUGGACCUCAAGCCGGGUAAUGUCCUUUUGACUUGGGAUGGAGGCCGACUGGUUCCUCGUGCCAUGCUCUCUGACUUCGGUACAUCGCAAGACAUGCUGAAGUCUAGAGCGCGAUCCGGCAAUACCGGGACUCUCGAGUAUUCCUCACCCGAGUCGCUCCCUUCGCCGACUGGCGAGCUGCUGCAGGUCGACUCAAAAUCCGAUAUGUGGUCCGUCGGGAUGAUCUUGCACAAGCUGCUCUUCUUCAGAUUGCCAUACGCAAGCUCGUCGGACAACACUCGUGACGGAAGUGAGGCGCCAGACAUGCUCGAGCGUGAGGUUCAGUCAUACAUUGGCUUCAAGUCUUCAGGCUCUCUCGUGACGGCGUUUGAGUCGCGACGUCUGCCUAGGGCGUACCUAAUGUUGCUCGAAGGGCUGCUCAACAUCAAUCCUUCUAUCCGGCCUUCUUCCGAGCGGGUACAGAGUGCCAUUCGGGAGGGAAGGCUCGAUCCUCUCCGCCAAGAUUCUACGGAAGGAGUCACGCGGAGUAACUCACUAGUUGCUAUUCCUGUCCCCAUCCGUCGAGUGUUCGACGCCGCAACCUCGUUCGUCGAGUCCACACCGCAAACGCCCGACCUUCAUGCGCGCGUCUCAGCGGAGCUGGACGCGAACGCGACGAGCUCACCGAAGGCUGGCCAAUCUAACGAGAAGAAGAGACCAUCCAGCGCCCCCGUGUCUAUGCUCUCGUUCAACACCAGCGGGGUAUGGACGCGGACGAUCCACGUCGGCGGGCGGCAGGUUCAUGUGCGUAUCCCGCGCGUGAUGUGGCCAAGGACGGUCAAAUCAUGCGUGCUCAUGCUGAAGGUGUGGAGCAUGACCCGCAUGUGUCCUGACACGCAUCCGCAUCUCCUGUUCACGGCCUUCAUCCUUGGCGUCGCUGUCAUGGACACUUGGUUCGAUAGCUUGUCGCUAACGUUGAUGCUCGCCACAUUCCACGUCGUAAUCGUGUGGCUGGCGUGUUGGAGCGGUCAGUGUUGCGUGUAGGCGGCGGCCCGAGUGCCCUGAGUUCCUGAUAUCAU